UUUUCGAUUUAAACACGUCACAAGCAAUCGUGUCGAUCCAUAUCGAUUUAUAUCGAUACAACGCAAGUGUUUAUCACAAUGUUUAUUUGUCGAGGUUAACCGUAGCUCUUUAAAAACCAAAGUAAAUAUACCGAAUUUAAUUGUCUCUGAAUAAGUCGGUCAAUUAACGGAAGAAGGAUGCCGGGCCCAGUCGAACGCCGGAGCGUUACGCCAAUAAUAAAAUACAUUCGAGACAUUGCGAGAGGUAGAGAACUUGUGCUAAACAAUAGGUACGCUGAUGAGCAGUCCGCGCGCACUCAACCUCCACCAGAAAUACCGGGAGGUCCGUAUCAUAAAACUUCACAAAUUUAUUACUAUCUUCGAGAUGCAAGACGUGAGGUUCAACCGCCGAUGUUAAUUACCGCAGGAUCGAAACAAAUUGGUACAGAGAAGGAGCUUGCCGAAAAGAAAUAUAUUACUCCAGGCAAGACUUAUAAUUGGUGUUCUUCUCAGAAUUAACUUCUCAGAGUCAAACUAGCCGUUGUGAUGUUAUGUUGCAAACAUAUUAAUAUAACAUUGUUUAAUGAGUUUGCUUAGCUAUUGUACAUAGAAAAUAAAUUAAAUUGCUUUUA